GUGGGGGAGUUGAGGGGUAGUUGUGUGUUGGGAUACGAGGCAGAGGAUCGGUGUGUACACGGCAGGAAGUGCAGUGAUACCUCGGUCAGUGUAAUAGGUUUUGUUGGUAAAGGCCGCUAAGAUGUAUGUGAGGAGAGAGAACCGGACGGAGUACCCGCAAGUGAGGUUCAGUCGAGUUUUGGAGGAUCAGGAACCCAGCCUUGAGGUCGACUUCGGAGCUCAGGCUACCGAGAGCUCCACAAGACAACCUGGGUGGUACGGUCGACGGACUCGCAUGGAGCGGUACCUGAUGUUGGCGGCGACGACCGUGGUGUUCGCCGUGGUGGCUCUCUCCAUCUCCCUGGCUGCUGUGGUCUACGGCUACCGGAGAGGUCUCCUUCAGACUGAUGACGCCUCAUUGCUGCCCGUUAUCUCACCAGCGGCGCUCACUGGCUGUCAAAGGCCUUCCACGUAUGCUGAGAGUCCCAACGAUGUCUGCCUCACCCAGGGCUGCGUCAAGGCCGCUGCCGGUCUGGUGAAGUCGAUGGAUCCAAGUGUGGAUCCUUGCACAGACUUCUUCCAGUUCUCCUGUGGUAAUUUCCUCAAGACGAAGAUCAUUCCCGACGAGAAGACUGCCAUCUCCAGGUUCAAUGAGAUCUCUGACGACCUGCAGGAGAAGCUGCGAGGUCUUGUAGAGAGUAAAGAAUCCGCAGACGAUUCCCCCUCCACCAAGAAGGUUAAGGCUCUGUACAAGGCUUGCAUGGAUAAAGAUCGCAUCAAAGAGAGAGGCCUGAAUCCCCUGAAAGAUAUCCUGAGGGAGAUGGGAGGUUGGCCCGUCCUGGAAGGAGACUCUUGGAAUGCCUCCAGCUUCCAGUGGUACACAAACAUCUACAUUAACCGCAGGCUCGGCUACUCCCUCGACUACAUCUUUGAUUUCUCGGUCACUACCAACAUCAGGAACUCCUCUUGGAGGAUCAUAGAUAUCGACCAGCCUCCCCUUGGUAUGCCAUCACGCAAGUACCUACUGAAGGGGUUUAACGACAGCGACGUGCAGGCCUAUUACAACUAUCAGGUCAGCAUGGCUGAGCUGAUGGGCGCCGACAGGGCCACGGCCCAGAAGGAAUUGAAGGAAUCUCUCGAGUUUGAAAUUCAGAUUGCCAAUUUCUCUCUGCCCAAAGAGGAGCGACGCAACGCCUCCAAGCUCUACAACAAGAUGAGCAUCGCCGAGCUGCAGAAGAUGGUGCCAGAGGUCCCCUGGCUGGAGUAUAUCAACACUGUUCUGGAUCCCUUCUUCACUGUUACGGAGGAGGAGCCCGUUAUAGUGAACGUGCCGACCUUCGUAAAGAAACUGGGGCAGCUGCUGACCAAGACGCCCAAAAGAGUGAUCGCCAACUACAUGAUCUGGCGCGUGACUGCAGCCUCCGUGGGUUACCUCUCCGAAGACGCCCGAGACAUCCAGUUGGAGUACUCGAGGAAGCUGGUGGGCAAGGGUACCAGGGAGCCUCGCUGGAAGGAGUGCAUGAGCUCCGUGUCUGGCAGUCUGGCUCACGCCGUGGGCUCUAUGUAUGCUCGGGCCUUCUUCAAAGAGGACGCCAAGGCGGCCGCUGACGAGAUGGUGAGGUACAUCCGUGCAGAGUUUGCCAAUAUUCUCCAUAACAUCGACUGGAUGGACAAGGCGACCCGCCACCGGGCUAUGGAGAAGGCGAAGGCCAUCACCCCACACAUAGCCUAUCCGCCAGAGCUGUUGCUCGACGAGAAACUCACCGAGCUCUAUGAUGGGCUGGAAAUCUCUGGCGGUGACCUACUGGAAAGCAUGCGCAACUUGACCGUCUUCGGGACGAACUACUCCUUCAAGCGACUGAGAGAAAAGAUUGACAAGAAGGACUGGAGAAACCACGGCGCUGCCGCUGUUGUCAAUGCCUUCUAUAGUCCUUUAGAAAACUCCAUACAGUUUCCUGCUGGCAUCCUCCAGGGAACAUUCUUUGAAGCGGACAGACCCAAAUACAUGAACUUUGGUGCAAUUGGCUACGUCAUUGGUCAUGAAAUUACUCAUGGCUUUGAUGACACGGGACGUCAGUUUGACGCUACUGGCGACCUGCGCGACUGGUGGGAGAAAGAGACUAAAGACAAGUUCCUGGAGAAGGCCAAGUGCAUCAUCUACCAGUAUGGCAACUACUCCGUUCGUGAACUUGACAUGAAUCUGAAUGGUAUAAAUACCCAAGGUGAGAACAUUGCUGAUAACGGAGGCAUUAAGGAGGCAUACUUGGCUUACAACCAGUGGGCUAAGGACAAUGGCGAAGAGAAGACGUUACCCUCGCUACCUUACUCCACCAGACAGCUGUUCUGGCUGUCGGCCGCCAACGUGUGGUGUGGCAAGUACCGGCCAGAGACCCUCAAGCUGCGGAUCUUGACCGGCGCUCACUCCCCGUCACAGUUCAGAGUCAAUGGUCCCUUCAGCAAUCAACCGGAAUUUGCACGGGAUUGGCACUGUCCCAUUGGUUCUACCUUGAACCCCACCAAGAGGUGUUCUGUGUGGUAACGCGUUCUCCGCGGGUUCUGUUCGAAUCUGUAGUUUGAAAAAAAAAAAUUGUGCUAAAAACCUCUUUCCCCCAGACAUGUUUGGUGCUUCAGGGACGAUGGCUGGGCACCUCUCCACCGCGUCCCUGCACAUCCUCAGUCGGCUAACAUGUGUAGUGUGUCGGGAGCGUCCACAGCCGCCAGUGUUCACCGCAUUAUGACUACUGUAAUGGUGACUAAUUCUGUGAAGCAUAGAAUCACAAGCUACGUAUCUUUUUAUUUAAGACGGUGGUGAGGCGCCGGAUCAUCUGUCUUUGAGUGUGUGAGUUCUCUCUCCCCGGCUGGGCCGUGGGAUGUAAACCUCAAUUUUACUAGACUUACCGUUAAGAGAUAUAUAUUUUUACAAUAGUACACCCCCCCCGCCUCCACACACAAGGUUUUAAGUAGUCUUAAGCUCAUAAUGGAGUAAUUUAUAGUGAGUGUUUAACUUUGGGAACAAAUCAUUUGACGUUACUGAAUUGAUAACGAUAGGUUCCUCGGCCAUCCAGGCAGCCACAUCCAGGCAGCCAUCCAGGCCUGGUAAAAACAUCACCAAACAUCCGUGUGGUCCUUUGGCCACGGUUUUCCCUCCACUUAAAUGUUAUCAUGCAUUUUUAACACCAAUUCCUCUACGCGUAUUGAGACUGGAAGAUGCAUCCUUGGUACUUAAACUUUAUUUUUAAUUCUUGAUCGACUAUUGUUUAUCCUUUUUAAAUCUGCCCGUAGUAUAGUGGGCAGCUCUGGGUGAGUGGAUAAGUGAGUGUGUAAUUGUUUUUACAAAAGUUCCAACACGUCCAGAUAGAUACCAAUAUAUCUUGCAAGGUUUUUAUUUUGGUUAAAAAUGGAAGCAAAUGUUGUUUGUGUGAACUCUGGCAAAUUUUGUGCUGCGAGGAAAUCUAUUUAUUCCAUAUAAUAUAGCAUUUAUUUUAAGCAGUUUAGUCUUGCAUAUUUGUAGCGAGGGGCUGGGAACGAGUCGGCAUCUAUCACAGGACUUUUACAAAGAGAUCCUCGCUUGUAUUAAUUUUAUAAGGUGUGGAUGCAGGUGUGUGGAAAGUUUGUUAUAUAGGUUGUUGUAAGAUUAGCGGUUCUGUUCAUUCAAAGUGAAGAUGUGAUCCAGUCAGUUACGAUAGACUUUCUCUACCCAGGUAUACAUCACGUGGCAUAAUUAUCCUUGCUACCUCGGUCUCAACAGAGUCAUGUCCCGCCCUUAUUAAAACUGUGGGUUUCAUUUUAAUAUUUAUACCACUGGGGAUCUGUGCGCUUCGGUCCUUGUUUUAAUUAUUUGCAGUGAAGUUAAUGCGGUAACUAAAAAGAAUGUUGAUAACAUUCUGAAGGUUGUAAAGUAACUCCUCUUCUACUGGAUCAGAAGAUUGUGUUAAGUUCAUUUUGCUUAAAACAUUUUAAGAAUGUUUAAUACCUGUGCCUGGUUUUAUUUUUUUUUGUCUGCACCACACAACACUUUCCCUUCCUCCAUGCCGGAUAUAUAUUUAUAAUCCAUAUUUUAAUAAAUCAAAUUACUAUUUUUGGAAUGCUCUUUAAUAAAAAAAAAAUUACAUAACUUCAUUAGUGAUGUAAAAGUUAUUGUACAGUGUAUUGUGAUUAAUAAAUUUUAUGUGUAUAUAA